AUGUGGAGGUCAGUUAGAGCGUCUGCCGAGGGCGUUUUUGGCGUACAGUCGCGACAGUUCUCGAGCAGCUCGGUAGCGGGGCGAAUUUACGCCCAUGUGGUGCGCCGGCGCGUCAAACAGGUCAAGCCUGUGGAGAUUGGAGAUCCUAAUAUCAAUGCCCUUCAUAAGAGAGCCAAGGAGAUCCCUCAGUAUCCUUAUGGCGAGGCCACGCUGUAUAAACAGUCGAAUCGAGGCCUGUAUGGCGGUCGAAUGAUCCAAUUCGGAAACAAAGUGUCAGAUUUCGGCAACAGAAACAUGCGCACUUUCAAGCCCAAUGUCCAUUGGAACAAGCUGUGGAGUGAAGCUCUUAAUAAACAAAUCAACAUCCGAGUGGUGGCAUCAGUUUUAAGGACGAUAACUAAAGAGGGAGGUAUUGAUAAUUAUCUCAUUAAAGACAAGCCUGCUCGGAUCAAGGAGCUCGGUCCUUUGGGCUGGAAACUGCGGUACCAAGUGUUAAAGAAAUUAGAGAAGAAAGAAGCACAAGACAAGACUCGACCAAAACCUGUGCGUGUUAUUGAAAAUAGUACUAGCGAAGUCAGUGCUGUUGAUAGCGAAAGUGCCAGUGAAGCAGCUGCUGCGUCUGCCAAAUCGGUUCCUAUCUACGCUGAAUACACGUCGCAGACCAACGAAGGCUCGACCUAUCUCAUUACUGUAGGACGAAUCAACCUACUCAAGAGACUGUUCGGACAAUUGAGAGCCCAGGGCUCGCAAGACGCCCAGUCCUAUAAGCAUUUCAUCUCCUUGUACAAAGACCUGCCCAUGCACGACACCCUACAAAAGCUCGAGGCCACCGGCUAUGACCUGACCCUCGUCUCGUACCAGCCAUAA